AUGUCGGUCAAGCGGGUCCUGGUCAUUGCUGGCUCUGACAGCUCUGGUGGCGCAGGCCUUGAGGCGGAUCAGAGAGUUCUUGCUGCACACGGAUGCUACGCCCUGACAGCUACGACGGGGUUGACGGCACAAAACACUCUUGGAGUGCAAGACAUUUUUGUUGUUCCGUCUGAGUUCGUGAGAAAGCAGAUCAAUGCAGGUCUUGAAGACGUCGGUGCCGAUGUAGUAAAGCUUGGUAUGCUGUCGUCUGCCGAGACAAUUGAUGUCAUUGCCGAGACACUGCAGACACAUCGAGUCCCGUCAAUAGUCCUUGACCCAGUCAUGGUCUCUACCAGUGGCUCCCAGCUUCUACCUGAAGAUGCCGUGAAAGAGCUUCGCACAAAAUUACUCCCAAUUACUACAAUCCUGACACCUAACAUUCCGGAAGCACAGCUCUUGCUCAAAGAUUCUGGUCUGGAAGCUCCCGAACCUGCUGACCUUGAUGGGCUCGUCCUGCUCGCCAAGCAGAUUUGUGCUAUGGGGCCGAAGGCCGUUUUGCUUAAAGGAGGGCACCUGCCGCUCACUAAGGAUCAUAAAACUACUCAGAAUCCCCAAGAAGCAACCACAGUCAUUGACAUUCUUCACGAUGGCACUACUGGAGAAACAACAUUUUUUGAUACUGAGUACUUGGUGUCAAAAAACACACACGGGACGGGCUGUUCACUUGCCUCAGCUAUUGCGGCUAACCUUGCUCUUGGAAAAGAUAUGACCAGAGCUGUGCGAAACGCCGUUCGAUUUGUUGAAGCAGGUAUUAGAACGAGUGUCGACAUGGGACAAGGAAGUGGGCCAAUCAACCAUUUCCAUUCCAUCUAUACGAUGCCUUUUGCCCCUGGCCGAUUCAUUGAGUAUCUUCUGGAUCGCCCCGAUGUUCAACGGGUAUGGAAGAAAUUUACUCAUCAUGAAUUUGUUGAGGGACUUGGUCAGGGCAGCUUGCCCUUGGACCGUUUCAAGGAGUAUCUUGUGCAGGACUAUCUGUAUCUGGUCCAAUUUGCACGAAGCAACGCACUUGCAUCAUACAAAUCAAAGAGCAUUGAUUCAAUAGCAGCUUCCGCUCAAAUUGUUUUACACAUCCAGAGAGAAAUGGCUCUGCAUCUAGACUACUGUGCCUCAUUUGGCCUUUCCAAGGAAGAGAUGGAAAGACACCCAGAAACCAUUGCUUGCACUGCUUACAGCCGGUACAUUCUUGAUGUGGGCCAGUCCGAAGAUUGGCUUGCCUUACAAAUGGCUCUAGCUCCCUGCUUAAUUGGUUAUGGAGCGAUUGCUGGUAGACUUUUCUCUGAAGAGAAAACUCUCCGUGAAGGCAACCAGUACUGGAAGUGGAUUGAGAAUUACGUUGCUGACGACUACACUGAAGCGGUUCGACUUGGAUCAGCUCUGUUGGAAGAACAUGUGCAUAAGGUGUCACCUAGUCGCAUGGAAGACUUGAUUAAGAUCUUUGUUCGGGCGACUGAAUUGGAGAUUAGUUUCUGGGACAUGGGCCUAAGUGACAAGAAAUUUUAA